AUGGGAAGAUAUCAUCAACUCCCGGGUUUCGUAAUAUUCUGUGUGCUGUUGCUCCUCAUAGGCAGCUCAUGGCGUUGUUCCUGUGGAAAUUCAAGUGCACUGUCGUGCAGACGAGAAGAAAGGGAUGCGCUGCUCGAAUUCAAGCAAAGUCUUGAGUCGAACUCAUCGAAUGGCUUCCCCCUCUCAUGGGAAGCAGAAGAUUGCUGCGACUGGGAAGGACUGAGCUGCGAUAGAGCCACCGGACACGUCAUCAGGCUCGAAAUACUCCCCCGGGUAACAACAAUAACAGACGACCCUUUUUCAAAAUGGGAAUCUUAUGAAGAAUCAGAUCCAGCAGUAAACGCCUCAGAGCUGAGCCCUUCCCUCCUGAGGCUGAGGUACCUGAACCACCUCGACCUCAGCGGCCUUCGUAUACGUGGCAGCACUCCUAUCCCUGCAUUCAUAGGUUCGAUGGAACACCUGAGUUACCUGAACCUCUCGGAAGCUGGUUUUCAAGGAGCGGUUCCUCCCCACCUGGGAAAUCUCACCAGCUUAGAGAUCCUCGAUCUCCAAGUCCACUGGCCCAAUAAUGGUUUAUUCCUGGCCCAUUUCCACUGGAUUUCUCGUCUCGUGGCCUUAAAACAUCUUGAUCUCUACUGGAACGAUCUAAACUGUUCCAUUCCUAUUUGGUUUAGUAAUCUUAACGGCUUGGUUCAUCUCGAUCUUGGGGGUAAUGGGCUUAACAGCAUUGAAGGAGGGUUCUCGUUUUUCAUUAGAGACAAAUGCCCCCUGCGGUUCUUGAGUUUGGAAGGCAACCAACUUCAAGGGGAGAACGGUAGAAAUUCCAGUGGAUUCUGUGCAUUUGGCCUCGAGUUCUUGAGCCUGCAAGAAAAUAGGUAUUCCGGCGAAUUGCCAGACUGGUUAUGGAACCUCAAGAGUUUAAAACACCUAAUCCUCAACGGCAACUCGUUCACCGGUCUAGUUCCCAAUUCCUUAGGAGCACUGAGUAGCUUGAUGGAAUUAGAUCUCUCGAAAAACAAGCUGCAGAGGCCUAUCCCAAGGUCGUUGGAGCGAUUGUCGUCCUUACGAUGGUUGGACCUGAGCAGUAAUCUUUUCAUGAGCAGUAAUCUUUUCAUGGGCAUUAUUCCUGAGGGUUUGGGACAACUUUCAAGGCUCGAAUUCUUGGAUCUUUCUAAUAACUCAUUGGAAGGCACAGUUUCCAAAUUGCAUUUCACGAAUCUCUUGGGAUUGAAGUACCUAGACAUCAGCAAUAACCAUUUGACUGUCAAGUUGGACUCUGAGUGGGCACCUCCAUUUCGACUCAUUUUCAUCAUGAUGGGAUCUUGCAGAUUCGGAACAGAAUUCCCGCAGUGGAUUAGAUCACAAAAGGAUGCCCAUACACUACAUCUGUCCAAUGCCUCCAUUUCCGGGAAGAUGCCGCAGUGGUUGGCAACUGACCUGCAAUUGAGGACAUUAAUUCUUUUAGAUGUGGCAGUUAACAACCUGCAUGGAACAAUUCCACGUUGCUUUGGCUCCCUGAUUGGCAUGUCUCAUAGUUCAUCGCCUGAAAAUGUUUCUAAAGUUACACUUCCCAAGCGUAUAAUUCAUCUCGAUUGGGAUGAAGAACCAAUGGUGGAGGUCAUGAAAGGAAGAGAGCUUGAAUACACCACAACCCUGAAUUUGAAUCUAUCCCACAACCUUCUCUCAAGGAACAUCCCGAAAAAGAUUGGGGACAUGAAGUGGCUGGAGUCACUCGACUUCUUGGGGAACCAACUUUCAGGGGAAAUUCCACCAAGCAUAUCCCUUCUAACAAUGUUAAGCCACCUAAACCUGUCGGACAACAACCUCACAGGUAAAAUUCCAAAGAGCAGUCAGCUAGAUUCUCUUUAUGUGUCCGAUUAUUCCAUAUAUUCAGGGAAUCCUUUACUCUGCGGCGAUCCACUUUUAAACAAGUGCCCGAGUCAGGAGGAGGCACCCACGCCAUCAAAGAUCCCAAGCAAGGAAAACAUGGGUGGCUCAGAUCCGUUGGAUAAGGUGACAUUUUAUGGAGUUGUAAUGCUCGGGUUCGCGACUGGAUUCUGGGGAGCAAUCGGGAUUUUGGUAUUCAAAAAGAGCUGGAGAGCUGCCUACUUUACAUUCGCGGAAGAAAUCGCGAACAAGAUUUAUGUGGCAGUAUCACUGAAGGUGGCCAAACUGAAAACAAGAAUGAGAGGAGAAUGA